AAGUAGGUUAGCAGGGUAGACUGAGAGGAAAGCAGGCGGAGAGUCAGAGCGCAGAGGGGGGGUCCGAUCACCGGUCGUUCACCGUGGGACUAUUCUGUCAAAAAAGUUGAGCCAAAUCUAUUCGCCAGUGCGCCGAGACGGUUACGAUGCGAUCCCAAGCGACUUUUUUCAAGCUUUUAUUUUGCUCGGACUUGACCGAGCGAUAGAGGAGAGCAGUUUCGCCUAGUUUUUUUCUUUCUUUAUUUGGUCGUGCUUUACGAGAGCUGUCUGCAGCCGGGACGAAGUUAAUAUUUACAGAGCCAGUUCACUCUGGCUCCAGCGGUUUAUUCUCCUCCUAUCCUGUCACCUACAUUAACCACAUGUAGCCGAGUUUUUUAAUCGUCCAGCCAAGAGAAAGAAACCAUCAAAAUGAGAGCUCAGAUCGAGGUCAUCCCCUGUAAGAUCUGUGGGGACAAGUCCUCAGGAAUCCACUAUGGAGUCAUCACCUGCGAAGGCUGCAAGGGCUUCUUUCGUCGCAGCCAGCAGAACAAUGCCAUGUACUCUUGUUCCCGCCAGAGGAACUGCCUGAUCGACCGAACUAACCGUAACCGAUGCCAGCACUGCCGCCUACAGAAGUGUCUGGCUUUGGGCAUGAGCAGAGACGCUGUCAAGUUUGGUCGUAUGUCUAAGAAACAGCGUGACAGCCUCUACGCUGAGGUGCAAAAACACCAGAAGUCCCAGGAGUGUGUGGGCUCUGUAGGCGGGGGUGCUACUGCUCUGUCCUUACCCAAGGAGGAUGGUGUCUGCAGCGUUGCCGGGGACGACGGCGAAGAGGGUCUGAGCCGGUCCUACAGCAGCGGGGGCUCCAGCUCCACCCUGAGCGACCUGGAUGACAUCGCGGCGCUGCCCGACCUGUUCGACCUGCCGCUGACCCCCGAGGAGGCCAGCGAGUACUGCAGCCUGGACCUGCUCGGCGGCGGAGCAAGCACCGGGAACACCUCCAACUCAUCUUCUGCUUCUUCCUCGUCCUCAUCCUUGUCAAAUCAGAAUUCUCCGCAGCAGACCAUGCUGGACGGGGCAGACGGCAGUGGGAUCCAGCUCCUGCAUUCACACUCUCAUCCGCUGCUGGGACACACACAUUCACUGCUGGACCAGCUACCAGAUGACUGCUCAAUAACAGACCUCGAGCGCAUCACUCAGAGUAUUGUUAAGUCUCAUUUGGAAACGUGUCAGUACAGCGCUGAAGACAUGAAGAGAUUCACCUGGGCACAAUACGCACCGGAGGAAACACGUGCUUUUCAAAACAAGUCAGCCGAGUGGAUGUGGCAACAGUGUGCGCAUCACAUCACCAACGCCAUUCAGUAUGUGGUGGAGUUUGCCAAACGCAUUGCUGGCUUCAUGGACCUUUGCCAGAAUGAUCAGAUUAUAUUGCUCAAAGCAGGUUGUCUGGAGGUCCUGCUGAUACGCAUGUGCCGAGCUUUCAACGUCAACAACAGCACCAUUUUCUUCAAUGGAAAAUUUGCCCCGGCUCAGUUCUUCAAAGCACUUGGUUGUGAUGACCUAGUCAGUGCAGUGUUUGACCUGGGGAAAGGACUUUGUCGCCUACAGCUGUCUGAUGAAGAAAUGGCUCUGUUUAGUGCUGCAGUUCUUCUAUCUCCUGAUCGACCCUGGCUAACAGAGGGACAAAAGGUUCAGAAACUCCAGGAGAAAGUCUACCUGGCUCUGCAGCACAGUCUACACAAGAGUGGUGCUUCAGACGAGAAACUGGACAAGAUGGUGUCCAAGCUGCCCACAAUGAAGUCCAUCUGUAACAUCCACAUUGAUAAACUCGAGUUUUUCCGUUUGGUCCACCCGGAGACCGCCUACAGUUUCCCACCACUGUACCGGGAAGUGUUUGGCAGCGAGAUGUCUCUGCCAGACUCCACCAACAGCUAGACAGGCAGAUAGACAAACAAGAGAGAUGGACAGAGUGUAUCAAGAAGUAGGGAAGCAAAAAAGGAGAGACAGAGAAGGAUAGAGAUGUUGAAGCUCAACAACCAGCAGUUAAGAGACAAUCCAGGACGUUAAAUACUCCGUCUCCAAUGAUCCCAAAGUAGUCCUCCACUUUCCCAGCAGGCAAAAGCACCUUACACUACAGACCACACAUGCUCAUGGUCCUCUGCAUAUUGUAGCAUUAACAACAAGCGGAUGGGCAUUGUAAUAAUAAUAGCCUACUUGCCAUGAGACAGCUCCAAGCUCUAACACUUAUUUAACAUCAGAUCCACUGUGGAUCACCCAACCAGUAAUGAAUGUACCUCAUCGAUAAGCACCAGUGCACAAGCCAGAACACAACAACAGUGAAUGUACAACCCUGCCACUCUGAGACAGAGUUUUACACAUAGUAUUAGAAUGAAGUCAUGUUUCCACAGGCCUCACUAUUAAUACAGCUCUCAGCAAACAUUUCUCUCUAUAUAAAUACAUCUCAGUAUGGUACGCCUGCGUAUUCAUACAUACAAUAUCCUUGUACUGACCAUCACUUAGGGACCAAGAUCAUGAGUCAUUUUCUCUGAAAGAAACACAGAUAUGACAUGACUCACGGCUUACUGAGAACCAUUUUCACACACAUUUAGACAGUGUUCGGUGCUGCCUUUUUUUGUAGGCUAAUGCAAAGAGAAACCUCAGUCCCAUGCACCCCUUUCCUUGUAAAUGCCACUUAGAGACAGGAAAAGAUGAAAUUAUCUUUAAUUUAUAUACACAUUUAUAAACAAAUAUUUUAAAUAAGAAUGUAAAUAGAUGACUAUAUAAGUAUAUGGAGAGAGUUAGAAUGUGUGAGUUCAGUUCAGAGAGAAAGGGAGAGAAAGGCGCAUAGAAAGAUGCAGAGAAAAGAUGGACAUUUCAUGAAAGCUGAUAUAUGGACUCAAAUCGUAUUCUGGACUACUUCCUCUCUUGACAGUACUCUCAGGUUUCCAUGGCAACAAUCCCCUCUUGCCCUGACGGCCCAGCCGUGUUAGGCGCUGUCGUCACGCAAGCAACGGGGUGGACACUUGUUGCAGAUGCGACACAGCAGGGGAGGGGGCAGUGUACCCACACAAAGGCGGAAAAACAUUGCCUUCGUCUUGCAUUUAAACUGAAAGCUUUCAGUCGGCGCUGUUGCUGCCCCCGUAAAGAGACAAGAGGACAAACAAGGACACUAAGGAAAAGAGGAAGCAAGGCAAAAGAUGACUUCAUGAACUGUAUAUUAAAAUGGGAUAUACAGGGUCCCCCCUCCCCCCACCACCUGUUUCUAACCAGCAGUCAGUACAGUGGGUGUAGUAUAAUUGUCUUUCACUCAUAAUGUUUCAGUUCGUUAAAAGCAGGAACAACGAUGAUCCAUAAUAUGUAUCAUAAACCCUCCUUUGCUGGUUGGAGCAACUGUAUUAUUUUGUACAUUUGCUGUUCCUAUCUCCUUUAGUCCCAAACCCAACACUUGUCCAAACACCAAGCACUUAUACUUUCCUCUUCCUCACUGGACACUAUUCUAAGGCCAGACAGAGCUACCAGCUGCCCCCUUGAGUUGGGCCCCAAUGCCAGUAAGACUUAAUUUUUCAGUCAAUCUGUUUUGGUUAUUUUUUUAAAUAUUUUUUUUAUUCCAUAUCCGUCACACAAGAUCAUCCAUAACUGUUUACACUUUUCAUGUACAUAAUUAACAUGCUCUCUGAAGGUUGAUAUGAUGGUGAUGAUGAUGAUGAUGAUGAUGUUGAUGAUGAUAAUGUCUUACUCGGGGUGCUGUGAAGUUCUUGAGCAGAGUCUGAGGACCUGCCGCUCAGGGAGCUAGCUGUGGUCUCUUGUCCCUUUAUUACCAGUGUCGUCGUUUAGCCUCGUGCUCCUCACACCUUUGCACCUAAGAUGAGACCCAUUACCAUAAUCACUGUGGAAGUAAGUUCUAUUUUUGUGAAUGUUACUCACAAAGUGUCAAAGCCCUUCCCGUUUGUCCUAAUAUUGUGACAUCAAAUUUACAAGACAUAGGAAUUAAAAAACAACAACGACUAAAUCAGUUAGAGUUAAAGAUGAAUUCAUUAUUAGGGUUUAAUGUUUCUUUUUGCUGUGAUUUUCAUUUAUUUGUCAGUCUUUUAUCCACCUUUUUCUUUGUGUCUCCACUUUUGUCUUGUAAAGUCAGUGAUCUAUUUUUUUUAAUUGAAGAAAGAUUAGGUACAAACAAAAAAAAGAAUAGUUUGUCUCCCUUCUCUUUCCCUGUAUGACAAAAUGUACAAGAGGUAUAUUACUAGUCCAAGAGUAACUGAGUUACACAGCUCGAUAUAUAUUGUUGUCCAAUGGGAUACAUUAUAUGUGGUUUUAAGAAUGUAAUAAAUGGUUUCUUUUUCUUUUGAAA